AGAGUAAUUUCGAAAACCCUAACUUCCUUUUCCCCUCUUCCCUGCAAAACCUAACAGCGACUCAUCCGCUUCUCCAUCAACAGGGUUUUGAAGGGUUUGAGGUAGCAGCAACCAAUGGCUCCGAAAGUUGAGAAGAAGGCUGACCCAAAGGCACAGGCCUUGAAGGCUGCAAAAGCAGUAAAAUCUGGAGCCACUUUUAAGAAGAAGGCAAAGAAGAUCCGAACAAAAGUUACAUUCCACAGGCCAAAGACCUUGAAGAAGGAUAGGAGCCCUAAGUAUCCACGCAUUAGUGCUCCACCAAGGAACAAGCUUGAUCAUUAUCAGAUUCUCAAGUUUCCCCUCACAACUGAGUCAGCAAUGAAGAAGAUUGAAGACAACAACACUUUGGUUUUCAUUGUUGACAUUCGUGCAGACAAGAAGAAGAUAAAGGACGCUGUCAAGAAGAUGUAUGAUAUUCAGGCCAAGAAAGUGAACACAUUGAUCAGGCCUGAUGGUACAAAGAAGGCAUAUGUUAGGUUGACAACUGAUUACGACGCCUUGGAUGUGGCAAACAAAAUUGGAAUUAUCUGAGCUAGUUGGUGGCUUCCUUGUUUUGAGCUUUCUUUUUUUUUUUUUGGUUUUGUUGCAAGAGUAAGAUAAGUUAGUUUGAGACUUUUAUCUGGAAGAUUUAAUUUUAGCUUUUAAAGUUUGUAAUCUUUUGUUAUUGCCAGUUAAUCUUCUGUUGUUUAACUUAGAACAGAAGGUAACUUUGAUUUACAUGUUUUGAUAUUUGUUUAAAAUGGUUCAGUGCUUGAAUGUUAGCUAUCGCAUGAUUACUUCUAAAUAGAUCUCUUUGAGAGCUGGUGAUGAAUGCGCCCCUUUAUACUUG